CCUUAUCGCCUUCCUGACCUCUGUCUGAACCUGCUCAUCGCAUCACAUCGCAUCCCCUGACCACACGAUGAGCGACGAUAUUCAUCCCGAUCUGGACCUAUUCUAUGACCCAAUCGAUCCAGGUGACGAAGAUGAGCUUUGGGAAGACGAUCCCGAUGAUGAAGAUUACAUCGGUCCAGAUGGGAAUGAGCUCUUUGAUGACCUGUACGUCGACGAUGAGGAUGAUGAAGAUGAGGAUGAUAUGGAGAUAGAUGAGGAUGAGGAUGAUGAAGACGAGGAAGAAGAUGAUGAUGAUGAAGAUGGAGGUAAUCCUCUCGGUGAUGCUCUCGUUGUUUAUCCAGUCCGCAACCACGAGGAUGGUGAAGACUACGAUGAUGAUGAUGACGACGAUGAGAUCGGUGGUCGACAUGUGAUCGAUCUGAGCAACAUUGACGCAUCAACGUUGGUCAACAUUGCUCAAAUGUUGAAUCAACCAGGGACAAGCUCCGAAGCUAGACAAUCACUCCUGGCUCGAUUAUUGCUCGGUCCCACGGGUGCGGGUGCAGGUGCAGGUGGUGGCGGAGGAGGUCUAGGUAGACGAUCCCAACGACCUCAGAUAUCACCUGAGGAGAGACAACGACGAGCGGCAGAGAAGCGAAAGAGGGAUAGAUGGUGGUCCGUACAAGUGGAUCCUCAUCCAAAAGGGUUGGAAUUGUUGAGGAGUGGUGAUUUUGGCAGAGUGGGGGAUUGGACAAGGUAUCCAAAGGCGAGCGGGAGCAAGUCGUCCAGGAUGGAUCAAGGUUACAAGCGCAGUUGGACUGCACCACGGCCAGAGGCCCUAGUACCCAAUACUCAAGGCACCAUCGUGGCUACAUACCCAUCUAUCCCUUACGUGGGUCAGUACGCCGGAGAAGACUACGGUCUAUUUUACUCGGCGACCCAGGCCUUUACUCUUCACCUAUACGAUACGAGUAAAUCCAGGGCUGUGAAACGGCGAGCAAGACCAAGAGAUACGACAGAUGGAGGCACAGGAUCGAGUUCUGGGUCUCCCGAAACUACCACCCGUGCUCAGUUGGCUCGUAAUGACGACGAUGACGAUGACGAUAGCGAAGAUGAUUUUGUCGGGAUGGGAUGGGGAGGAUCUGGCAUGCGAAGACGUGGUAUUAUAAGAGAAGAUACAAGUAUGAAAAGGAUCAAACAGGUCAGAGGGGUAGACGGAAGAUGGACAGUGACGGAUUGUGAUGUGGACAGGAAGGGUGAACGGAUGAUAUACUCCUCUAUCACUCCUUAUGUUCAUAUGGUCAGCACAUCGGAGGACGAUUCAGAGCACAUCGAAUUGGAUUUCACCAGUCGUCGUCAGUAUCGAUCCGACAGUUGGGGCGGAUACGACAGCUUUGGUAUCUGGAGUAUCCGGUUCUCUGCAGAUGGUAGAGAGGUAGUCGCCGGUGCGGGAAACGGCAAAAUAUUGGUCUACGAUAUUGAGGCGCGUUCGAAAACAUUGGCAGUGCAAGGCCACGGUGAUGACGUGAACGCUGUGUGCUUUGCCGAUGAGGCGUCCACCAACAUUCUGGUCUCUGGCUCUGAUGAUGGUUUUGUCAAAGUAUGGGAUCGUCGAUCCCUGUCCUCCAAUACUGCUUCCGGUGUCCUUGUUGGCGCUACAGAAGGUAUCACCUACGCUUCGCCAAAGGGUGAUGGACGAUACAUUGUCGUCAACUCCAAAGAUCAAGCGGCGAGACUGUACGACUUGAGAAAAAUGAGAGAUCCCGGAGAAUUCAGGACAGAGCCGGAUGCAGUCAGGAAAUGGGGUCAAAAUAGUUUCGAUUACCGCGACAGCCGAUAUCCCCGCCCGUCCCGAUUAGCUCAUCCCAAGGAUUGUUCCAUCAUGACAUAUCGAGGGCACUCUGUCUUGCGGACCUUGAUCCGAUGUCAUUUCAGCCCGCGCGAGUCGACUGGACAGAGUUACAUAUACUCGGGAAGUGCCGAUGGCUUAAUCCAUAUUUGGUCGCUAGAUGGUCGAGUUGUCCAAGUUCUCAAUCGAGCCGAGUCUACACCCUUACGCGACUCACGUGGAAAUUAUAAUGAUCCUUCUGCAACAGAGAGAGAACGUACUAUCUCCCGAUACGGUGCGUUACCUUACGAGAUGGGUCAAUCGUGGACUGUCAGAGAUGUCUCUUGGCACGGGUACGAACCGACGCUCAUGUCAACCUGUUGGGAGGUCGAUGGAGGGUUCAGAAGAGGAGGUACGAUCGCCAAACAUGAGUGGAAGGGUCUGGGAAAGAAUGGAUUCAAUAAAUUGGAAGAUUGGGUCGAGAGGAAAAAGGCAGAAUGUUCGUAGGUCGGCGCAUCACCCUCGUGGACUCGAGCUCCUGGGGGAUGUGUAGGGGAUGAAUCGGGAAUUUGGUUGGAUGAUGUAGCUUGUUCAAUCAGAUCAGGUAUAUUGCUUCUGUGUAUUCAUGUAUAUUCUGAUGACU